AUGCGGAAGAAGUUGAGUGAUAACACGCGAGUGAAUAAUGUCGAUGUUAAGGCCAAGUAUGAUGAGGCUAGGGUGCUGCGCGAAAUUUUCGGGAACGCAUGGAAAAAUCGAAAAAGAAAACAUAGCGAAAUUGGAAUUUUCGCUCAAUAUGAAAGUUUGAAUUUUUCUAAACCACAGCUGUCUUCUCUUGGAAAGAUUUGA